AGUUCGUUCUUCUGGCACCGACCGACAAGUCAACUCGGUUGAACGUUCGGCGGGCCAGAAAUUAAUUUAACUGACACUUUUCAGAUGCUUUUUUGUGAUUGUUAGUAUUUGUAACACAAAGCUUCGCGGCCUAAUCGUCAACAAUAUCCAAAAGUGGAAAUUUUGUGAACGGCUAACUACAAAAUCGAUCGAGUGGUGGUUGCAGUUCCGAGACCCCCUUUCAUUGUGACCCAAGAAGUGAGAUUUUGUAUAGAUAGUGGAAUAUAAAGUAGUUGUCAGUGGUUAUUUUCCAUGGACUUUUGGAAUAAAUUAGCCGAAUUUCUAUUCGAAGUACGUUCAUGUAAGGAUAUCAUUACUUUUUUCCAUGUGUUGAAUUGAUUUAAAGGAGUACUUGUCAAUUGCAUGUGUGUAUCGAUGUAAGGCAAAAGAUCGUUGACCUUCUGCGAGAAACAUUUCACGAUAUGAUAGUGAUUAUAUGCUUUAUUUCGGACCAAUUUGAAAUAAAAACUGAAGAUAGGUACUAAACGAGCCCAGGGCGAGAGAAGGGGGUUGUUAAAACAACGGCCAGAUCGACACAGUGACAUGCCUAACGAAAUAUCAGGCAGUGCUGGAUCAGCCAUCGGUAGCAGUAAACUACGCUGCCCCGCCCCCAUAUCUCGUCUUCGCGUCGAAAAAAUCGAAGGAGGUCUCAUGGUGGCGGGUGUAGUAGUAGCUGCCAAUUGUCAAAUUAUUUUGCCAAUUUUUGGAUUUCUUUUUUUACUAGUUGGCUGUGUUUUAACAGCUGCAUCGUAUAGAGGUCCGGGAGAAGAUGAAGAUGCGGAUCGAUAUGAAGCUCGGAUAACAUUCACGGGAAAUUCCCGUAUUCUCGGACCAGCAUGUAUUGUUGUGGGUUUUUUUAUGCUCGUAGCUGGUUUUGUGUUGUGUGUCUUAACGAAGAGGGCGAGAAGGAGAGAACAGACUAUAGGGUUCCAUUGUCCCUUGCAUGGAGAUUUCUAUCCACUGAGUCCACUUUCUAGUUCCAGGACAAUAGGUAGUGCAGAGAAGGGAGGAAAUUGUAUCUUAUGUUGGCCUAGAAGAAGGGGUCCCGGAGCAAUAGCUGUAGGACCUCCACAAUGUCCACAUAGUCAGAUGUCUAGCACGCGAAGUUCAAUAGCGAGUUCCCCACAUAGUCAAUGUCCAACACCCCUACCAUUCCUUGUCAAUUCUGGGUCUGUUGGAGUGUUAGUUGCACCAAUAGCACAAAUGUCUCCUGAUCAACCGUUUGGUUCGAAUAGAUCGCUAACAGGUGGCAGAGAAGUUGCAAGUUUUCCAUUAUCAAGAACGCCUACACCACCUCCGAGUGCCAAUUUUGACAGCAGUAGUCCAAAUCUAGUCCAUGUCCCAGAUGAACAGAACCUAGUGGAAUCGCAUUUUGAACAAGUACCAAUACAUAGAAAUGAUCCCAGGAAAUCUGUAUCAAUAGUAUUACCAACUGAAGAGAAAGGAUGACCCACGGAUCUUUAGCAAAUAUGCUACAAUGAAAAGUAAUUCUUUUUUUCCGAACAAACAGACUGUGAGUUGUACAAUGUAGUCUCGAAUAUACGCUUUUUUAAAAUAUCUCAAAUUUCAUAUCAUUAUAGAUGUUGAAUUUGUAGAAACAACGUUUAACCAAGUGAGAACAUCAUUGUCCAUUAAAUAAUUCUUCACUGCGGUUUCAAAAUUAUAUAAAGACAUAUUCAUUAAAAGAAUGUGAUUUCUCAGAAUUGUUACAAUUUUUAAAUAUUUAGAGUUUUUUCUUUGCAUGAGAGUUACAAUAACAGUUAUCAGGGGUAAUAGCAUGAAUAGUUCAAACACGAUUCAGCGAGAAGAAAGCCAACAGAUUUAUCCAUUUCAUUGGAAAUAGUUGCCGUAAAAUAUUUAUAGAAGUAUUCUAUUAACAGCUUUGGUCGACUUUUCUUAGCACCCUGAAAUUUAAUUCUCAUUAUCUUCUCUUGAUUCACAGGAUAAUUGACGGUUUCAAAAGGUCUUGUUAUUCAAGAGAUUGACUUUGAAUAUUCAGGUGGAUUUAGAACAUUUUUAUUUCAUAAACUCCACUGCUAUUGUUGAUUUAUCAUUUAUUUCAGUACUAUAAUUCGCUAUAUAACUCCCAGCUUCUUCUUGAUUCAAUUUUUAGUAUUCUCAUAGAGAAACAAGCAAUAAUUGUUUUUUUACAUCCGCCCUUGUAUGUAAUGAAUCUUUGUGUUAGACAGACAUGUCCUAGUCCGACUAUACUUAUUCGUCAUUAGAAGAUUGUCUCAGAACUGUUUUCGGAACUAACGUAUGACAGUUUUUUCACCUAACUGUGUAAUGAACAGAACUAUUUAAAAAUAUUUUCAUAAUAAUUAUUAAAAUGAGUAACUGUUAAGUAUUUUUUAUUUUCUCGUCAUUUAUACCCAACACUUUAUCUGAUAGUUAAUCUGUUAAAAUUUGAAAUAAUAUAAAUCUCUUUUGUGCAUUCUAAAACAAAUUCUUCAUUCUCUCAAUUUCUUUAUACUGCAAUUUAGAUAACAUUGCUGUUCCUUAUUUAUCUCUAUUCAUAUAUAAUCAGAUCUCAGGUUGUUGCUAAAUCCCUCCUUUAUUUUCCUAUACACUUGAGAGCAACUGCCUAUUCCAUUCCAUCAUUUUAUUCAGAAUUCAUACAUUGACAUCAUCCAUCUGACACGAUCUUCUAAUUGUCCAUCUGCACUUCCUAUGUAUGAAUAUCAUCCCAGUGAUUCUCCUUAGCACUUACAUAUACGUUCUCUCCUAAAACCUUUAGCGGUUAACGCCAUUGAAUUCUGUCAGUUACAAAGAAAAAAAUCUAUGUUACCAAAAAUACUACAAAGUUGGCUUGACACUAAAUAUAAUAAAUUGAAUGUGUACAUGGUAAUACUUGCAGAAAGUCACAGUAUAUUUAAUUUACUUAAUAAUUAGAACAUACAGGGUAAAUUAGAUUGAUAUCUAUUUAAGAUUUUUAAAAUUUUGGAUAUCUACGUGGUUUAGAAUUGGGAUAGUAAAAUUUACAGUUUUGUUGCUAUCUAUUUAUCUUGAUGAUUUUUGCGUAUAUUUCAUUCUGCAUUGUUUAACAACAGACUCAAUUUUAUUUAAUAAGAAAACACUCAAAAUACUUGCGAUAAAAGACCUAUGGUAGUUGUACGUGUUAGAUUCAUUUUUUAUAUUUAAUUAUACUGCUAUGUAUAUCCAUUACGUAGAUAUAGCAAUUCGUAGAAAUGGUUACUGAAACAUAACUGUGUGUUUUUCUGAUUCUUCUGAAGGGUUAAAUGUUAAAACUGUCAAUGGAAUGACGAUUUUUCUUGGUGAAUGAUUUUUUUCUUAUUUAGUUUAAUUGAGAAAAUCAUGAGCUAUGAUUUGAUUUACCUUGAGAAAGAAAAUGUCAUUUUUAAUUACUAUAUUUUAAACAUCAAUGAAACCUUUUUGACAUUUAACCUUGAUUUUAUAUUUUAAUUUAUUAUGUAUGUGCUCGAAUUAUGCAAACAAAGUAUAAAUCAAAACUUGAUUGAAUACAAUUAAAAUAAACAAGAUGUAAUGAUAAAAUUAACAAAAAUUGAUAUAACCUGUGAAAUAUAUCUUUAAAUACACGAAUAUUUCACCCUAUUAUUAAUAUUGACUAACUUCAUUAAAAUAAUUUAUUACAUAACAUUCAAAUUAACAAGAUGCUUUUACCAAACUCAUCACAAAUAAACAGUUUUCAAAUAAAGUGUGCGGUAUGUACAGAGUGGUUCCUAAGUAAUCUAAAAUAUUGUAGUGGAAACUUCGUCACUCCAUUUUAAAACGAAAAGCUCUUAUAAACAUGUGUGAUAAGUUUUGUAGUUAAUGGGAUAGAGGGUAUCGAAUUGUUUUAUUAUUUUAUUAGAAGCAACAACAUGUGUCAAAAAUGAAAGAAAAAUAGUACAUAUCAGUGAACCUCCAGCAAAAAUAAAAGCAUCCGCUCGACGAUGCAAUACUGUAGAUCUCCUGAAUUUAAUAUCGGAGUAGUGUAGAGCUAGAUAUCCCCACACACAAAAAUCCGGAGGAUUGUGUCUAGAUGAACUAGGAGGAGAUCCUCGUCCGACCCAAUGGUCUGAAAAAACUCGCUUACAAUCACUGCAAAAUGUGUUACAUCUUUUAAAAGAAUCGGAAAUUUUCUAGAAAAUGAAGAUAUGUCUGACUGGUCAAACAAUGACCAAAAAGGAGUGAUGAAAUCAUGUUACUAUUGCAUGUGGAUUUCCAUCUGCCCAUAUAAGGUCAUUAUAAAAAUUUAUACUUACAUGUCUUGAAAAGUUGGCUUCAUCUGUAAACAGAUUAUAUUUGUAAUCUAUUAGCAAUUCAAGAAAUUAUCUUUUAGAAUAUACCAAACAGUUCCGUCACUAACAUUUAAUUUAUCAGCAAUUUUUCUGAUACUCGUUUCUGGAUGGUAAACGAUUAUUGGAUAAAGCUGCACAUACAUACGUCUAGCCUCUUUAAGCAUUACCAUUCGCUUAUCCAUACAAAAAGUGCAUAUUAGCCAUUUCAUUAUUGUAAACGCAGGUAUAGUUAUCAACACAAAAAAUCCAUAUGAUAAAAAUCUUAUUCGUUUUUUGAGUUAGUUUUUUGAUUUGAAUAGUAUUCGACAACAUUAUUUAAAGGCUACUUAGUUCUUUCUUAUUACUUCUAGUAGCGUCGCUAGGAAAAAUAAAUUUCACUUACCGUUAGAGCUCAUUUAUUACAAACAAUUCAACACCCUGUAUCUCAUUAACGACAAGAAUUAUGACACAUGCUCAUAGGAAGUUUUCAUCUUAAAAUGGAGUGACCAAGCCCCCACUACAUUAUUUUAGAUUACUUAGGAAACACCCUAAAUAGCGGGACGAUUAAUAUUUUUCCCUAAUAGAUGCAUAUACGGUAUAAUAACAAAUUAAUGCUUCUUGUUACUUUUCCAAUAUUCAGUCAAAUAUGCAACAAUUAUUAAGUAUAGCUUUGAAAUUGUUAUUUAAAAUUCGAAUAAUCUAUUCAAAAUAUAAUUAUAAGUUGAAUUAAUUUAGGACCAUUAUCACUCUUGUUUAACUGUUACAAUAAAUCAGAAUUAGAAAAUAAAUAUGUUCCCCUUUAUAAAUUAAAGUAAUUAUUUUGUUUCCAAAUAUUAUGCACAUACAAUAUAUCAAAAUGUGUUUAAGAGAAUAAAGCGGUUAUUUAUUAUUAGUAAACUACACGUACCACAACGUUUUCAUGAAAAAUGUCAUUACAAUAAUGAUAAAGAUGUAGGUUAUUAAGAAUGUUAUGUUAAAAAUAUAUUCAGUGAUAUCGAUUAUAUUUAUUUUUCAAUAUUGUACAAAGUCCAUAGUUUUACGACAGAUGAAAAAUUUUGGGAAAAUGCCUUCUUUAUUGGCUUCGAAAAUGAGUUAAGUACCUGUUCAGUUUGUUACUGGAUAAAGUGAGUUAAAUGUAUUAUUUCUUCAAAUAAUUAGUCCUUUGAAUAUAUGAAACAAUUGCACCUUGAUUUGUGACUUCAUGGUAAGAGUAAAUGAUGGGGUAAACUACAUCUGCAGUCUGAAUACACGGUUUACACAAUCACUACACCAACACUCACAAUUACACUGUCUGACGCGCGUUUCGAUAACCAAGUUAUCGUCUUCAGAGACUGAAGGUAAACUAAAAUCUAAUAACUUGACUUACCUGUUUUAUACUAAAUUUUCCUACCAAUAAACCCUCUCUCGCGAAAAUUAAUUUCAGCGGGAAAAAAUCCUUGGUGGGAAUAUUCAUAUUAAUUCUUUGACUACUAAACUAUAGAGUGGGCUGUAAGGAAUUGGCCCUUUGUCCCUAUUUAAGCUACUCUUACAUCUAGCAAUUUCAAUGCUCUCAAAUGCACCCAACAAUUUAUUAUUGGGUACAUUUUUUUAACAAUUUUAUAUUAUUAAUAUUUAUGUCAUGAUUGUGACUGGCCGCACUCACAGUGUUCAAUUUGACACUAUCUGAAUUCAUCGAGCUCUUUUGCUUUCCAAAGCCUUAUUCCCCUUAUAUUUGUUAUAUUUUGAGCUAUAUGAUAAAUGUUACUACCUAUUAAUGGGAAUAUUGUUAACUGAUAACAAUACUGUUUAAGUAUAUUACAAAGAUAUGCAGAGAAUCACUCACUGAAAAUGAUUGUAUCUAGAACUGGAUUACGAAUAAUUCGAUAUUUCUUCAAUUCGUAGAAGCGUUAAGACUGAUUCGAUUUUACAGCUCAUUAAGCUAAACAUAUCAAUUAAACAACCAUUGAUAAAGAAGGCAUUUCCUCAUUUCGGAUUCGUAGGUACUUAUUAUAUAAUAUUUAGACCAAUAUAAUCAUAAUAUUGUAAGUUUUGCAAUAUGCUGUAUCUUUUUGUUUCUCCGUCCUUCUGUGCCAAAAUUACAGCUUUUAUUAAGCAAUAAAACAAGAUCUUUAUAUUACAACACAGAAAUAAUCUAUAGUUUAAUUUGAUAUAAUUUAACCUGUUUUAUUAAGUGGCAUUAUCAUAUAAUUUGUUAUUAUAAAAUAUUGAUGCCAGAUGUUCACUCUAUUUUACAAUAUACUGGGUUAUUGAAGUAUUCGUAUUAGUAGUUAGAAUAUUGUAUGUUAUAUGACAAGAAGAGAUGAGGAAGGAUUUCCAACUGACAUAUGCAACAAAAUGCUUAACUAAAGUAAAACAAUAAUAUCGAUUAAUUCUCAAUAAAUAAUAUGCAUAUGAAUAAUAUGAACUCUGUACACCAUUUUAUCAAUUUUUACGAAUAUUUUGAAAACGUUUUCACCAAAAAUAUUUUUUUUUCUUCAUUAUUUUAUAAUAAUCCUGUAAAUAUUAUUAUUUUCUCAUUAUAUUAACGUUUUUUUUUCAUUUCUUAUAAAAUAACCGCUUUUGUUCAUAUUGGAAUCCUGAAUUAUUAUAACCCCAGUACUAUUUUUCCCUUAUUAUCGGUAUCAGCCUCGCCGGCCAAAUACAGCUUAUGGGUAAACACUUCUGCAUCAAAGAAAUUUCAAUGAAUUUCAAAGGUAGUGCUCGUAUUUUCUUUUUGUUGUGUAUAAAACUGAGUAAAUUUUGAUGAUAUAAAAUAAUUCGAAAAAUAACCGAACAGCUAUGGAAGCUAAGUAGCAUUUUGGGACACAUGAAAGAUGGUAGACAUUAAUAUGUUCAUCAAUAGGCAUCCUGUUUGUUAUACUGAAUAGGUUAUAUAAAGAUUAGUAGAUAAUUUUUUUGUUAUUUUGUGGACCAAGCUAAUAUCAUAACAUUUUCUACUUUGGAAAAUAAUAUUAGUCAUCUCAAUGUAUGCUUUAAAUUCUCUGGAAAUCUCAUAGCUAUUACUCAAUUAUGUCAUGCAUGUUUUAACAUUGGAAACAAUUUUUAACUUUAUAUUUGAACUUUGAACAUGGAAUGGAUUUCGUAGAAUAAUUAGUUAUUUCAAAUAUCAACCAUAUUCCACGAUACACCAACACCGUUAUGCUGAUUCGUUGCCACGUUCCCAAUAAGAAACCGCUCUUAUAUAUUUAUAUAUAAAACUAAGUUUAAAACAGAAGAGAUAUAUAGAGCAGGCAAAGACUUCAUUACAAUUCAUAUAUAUGUAAUAUAAAUUUCUUUAAUUUCUUAGACCUUUUGAUAUAUUAAUGCAUCUAAAUGUUCUUGAUUUUGAGUUUCUUCUGUUACAAAACUAGUUUUUUUAAUAAUUUUUGGAAGAAAUAAAAUUUGACGUUUCGGCUUUUCAUUGAGUUUUUAUCAAAAUAUGAUAUUGACACUGACAAUUUGCAUAUUUAUAUUAAUCAAUAGAUCACCUACGUCAGGAACAUUAAAAUAAGAAUAAAAUCAAAAUAGAAAAUGUUCUAAAAAGAAAAAUUAAUUUUUCCUUAGUCCUUACAUCUUAAAUAUGUAGCAGUACUUAAUCAAAUUAUUUGUGGUUUUAUUCGAAUUUACAAAAUAGAGCUAUUAAUUUUACUUAAAUUAUUUAGGUCUUUUCUAUUAUUUUCUAAAAAUUCUCUUUUUCGUAUAUUAGAAUUUUUGAAUCUUUAUAAUUGAAUUUAUCUAUUUUGAUUUUUAGUGGUUCGUUAAUGCAGUUCUAUUUUUUUAUCAUAUUGAUGACCUCUUAGUGUAUGUUCUAAAUACUGAGAGGUUUACCCUAUGUAGACAGCGUCACAAUUAGUACGAGGCACUUGAUAUAUAAUAUUACUUCUUUUGUUUUUUGGUGUUUUAGAUUUUAAUUUAGUGAAAUAUUUGGAUAGCGCAUGAAUUAUACUAAUAUCAUAUUUAUUGAAAUAAUUCGGUAGUUUUUGGGAAAGUCCUUGUACAUAUAGUGAGGAGAAAUGUUUCAUGUUUUGAUGUUUUGUCUUUUAAUUGAUUGUAGUAUCUGUUUAUCCUUUUCUUGAAUGUUAUUUAUAAUUUUUUUCCUGAUAAUUAUUUUCUUACAAUGCAGUUUUUGCUUUUUGAGUAACUAAGCAUCUAAAUUCAGGAUCUGAUAGAUCUAUCAGCCAAACUUAUUAUCACUGAUCUUGUUUGUGACAUAGGAUGACACGAAUUGAAGUUUGAAUAUCUUGAGGACCAAGUUGAUUUCGUUUACCAUUCUUUUCAUAAGAAUAAUAAUAAUGAUAAUAUAAUAACAACAAUAACAAUAGCAUAAUUAUUGUUCAUAUAAUGUGACACCAAGAAAAUUUAUUCUAUUAUUUUCCUAGACUUCGAUUGUGAAUUGAAGUUUUUUGUUGAUCAGAAUUUUUUUAUUCGUGUUUUCAAUUUGAUUCUUUGGUGCAGCAGUAAUGCAAUCAUCUACAUACCGGAAAAAGAAUGGAAUAUUUAUAUUACCGAUUGUGCUAUAAAACUUGAAAUGGAAGACCCCAUAGCACAACCAUCAAUUUGUUAGUAUAUUUAAUUUUCAUAUUUAAAGUACGUUGUUGUGAGUGUGAGUUCUAUAGUUUUUUUAAAUUCGUCCUGAGUAUGUGCUAUGGGGGCUUCCAUUUCAAGAUUUUAUGUCUUUAUCAAAAAAUAAAGACUUAAAGAAAAGUCGGAACGUGAAAUUUUAUCUAUCUUUUAAAAAUUAUUAAAAAAACUUAUUUUGAAACAAAAUAACAAUCAAGAAUAUAAACAAAUUAAAAGGUAUAAGGAAGUAGAAAUUAAAGAAAUUUAUAUAUAUAUAUAUAUAUAUAUAUAUAUAUAUAUAUAUAUAUAUAUAUAUAUAUAUAUAUAUUCAUAUUGUUACUGAGAAACAAUAUGCGUCACUGUACAUAAUGUUUUAUUGGAAAUGUCACGUAUAUUAAAGGGAUCAGAUGCAUAUUCCUAUUGGAUAACUAUUAACUAAAAAUAAAUGGACUGCACAAAUAAAAGCAAUGGCGCCCAAGAAACAUAAGAAAACCUAACUCAAAGUGUGACUUUGAUAUUAGAAUAUUAGUGGAAAAAAAUAUGGGUUUGAACAGCCAAUAAUAGACAAUAAUUUCCUCAAAUGCAGGAUGACUAUAUAAAUAUGUAAGGAGUCUUCUACAGGAAAAAAGUAUGAAUAAACCACAAUGACCUCAAUAAAACAGUGUAGUAUUUAGUUGCAUAUAAUUAAUACAAAAAUAUUUUGUACUCAGUUGAGUCUAUAUUCAAAAUAGUGACUGUGAAUUGUAUACAAAACUUAAUCACUUGCUUGUAAUUAGCGCAGAUAGUGAAAAUAUCUUCAAAACAAUAUCACAAGCCUAUAUGUUUUGGCAUUUUUUAUUAUUAUUUUCAGUAACAUAAACGCUAAGCGAUUACAUUUGGUUUUACAAAAUUGUAUUCAAAAAAAUUGAAUAAUUAUAUGUAGCUUUAAUGGUCCAGAAAUAAUGAAAUUGUAAGUUUAUUGGCCUUUUAGCUAUAUUUUUCAUUUGAUUUUCUUUUCUCUGCUUCUUGUUCCGCAGAAAAUGAAGUCAGCUUAGGAAAAAACAUCUGUGUUAAAAAGGUAAAUACCAAUGGCGCGAAAAUCAUUAGCCGCUAUUGUGUAUGUGUAAACUUCUUCGUAAGCUCUACCAAAUAACUCCAUUAUAUCAAUAGGACUCAGAACCCGUUAGUUUUGACCGAUCCAAGUACGAAUUUCUUCACUAUAAUAGACUUUUAAUGGCCUCAUUAAUGACUUAUUCAUAGUCUGGAGUUUGUGCGUCGAAUUAGGAGGAAGAUAUAAAAUAUUAACAUGGUUUUUCUUUGCAAAGUCGAUAACGUCGAUAUUGCGAGUGUGGCUGUAAUGGACGUCAAUGAUUAUCAGGUAAAGGCGUUUCUUCAGUCGAUUUAGUCUACUAGAUAACGUGGGUGAAAAUCUGGGAGUGCCAACCAGAUGGAUAUGCAACUCCUACCGACCCAGGAUGAACCCUCUUCAUGAGCUGAUUGUUCAUAUUUUUCUUAAGAAAAGGGGACAAAGUCUCCAGUCGCAUUCAUAGAAAAAAUUGUAAUCAAAGCUCCUCUCUCUGUUGAUAUUAGUAUUCCAUAUUACCAAUAACCCAUGUCAUCAAUAUUUCAGGUUAGAUCUAAUCUAUGAUAACAAAAAACUAAACAAAUGCAACGUCGUUUAUAUACAGUGGCAUCGCAACAAAUAUGAAAUAAAAUCAUGCAAAUAAAAAUGUUAGGCUUGCUUGUUCACGUACGUGUUAAAAUUUUUAGGACCCGAAAUUCACAUGUGCACACCGAACCGAAACCAUACUAAAACGGCGCGGGGUAGAUUGCUCCAAUAAAGUUGGCAAAUCAAGGUAUUCCAUAUUCACAUCUCCUCUAUUCCAUGUGGUAAAACAUCACUUUACUCUUGUUCGCUUGAUGUUAAUCUAUAAAUGGCUACAUAUUUCCUUUAGUUAGUGAUUAGACAGUCGGCUGUGUUAUUUAGAAUAGCAAUUAGGGCCGUAUUUAAUCUAUUAAUGCUUAACAGGGGAUUAUGAAGGUAAAUUUUUUAGUUUUAAUUUUUUUAUUUGAGAGAAAAUGGAUAUCCGUCUAAAUAUGAUAAGGUACAAAGUAUCUUCUAGUUUUUUCCGGAAAUUGAAGUCAAUUUUGACUAGCACUGGAACAUGAUGGUCUAAUUCUAUGUAUUUUAUUGAUUUGUUGAAAUAUUUUAUUUUUAUUCCUCGCUUUAUAUUCUAUGUAAAUUUGACCUAAUUUUAUUUUGGUUGAUUAUAUUUUUUAUUAUGUUAAACAUAUCAAUAAUUAAUAUUGUAUAUAACAUCACUGCAUUUUUAUAGCAUUAGACAAAUUUACACUCCAAACAAAUCUUAUUGAAUCUACUUUUUCAAAAUAACACUGAAGCCAUCGAAUUUUUUUCUAAUUCAAUUAACUCCUUUAUCAGAGGUACCUCCGCCAAAAUUGAUUUCAUACGACAAAAAAUCUAUUUCAAUAUUUAAUAUUCAUAUUUUUCUCACUGAGAUAUAGAUCUGAAAAAUUAGGUAUCAACCAUCGUUAUAAUACAAAAUUCCAUCAACAUUUUUUACACAUGAAACAAUGGCUAAAAAAUUUGUCAUUUGAUUGUUCACAUAUGGUAUCUUGAAAAAAAUAUCCAAUAAUAUUUGUGAGGGGUUUUAUAGGAAAAAAUAAGAUGUGACGUACGUGAUAUGUAUUAGAGUUUAUAUGUUGAGGCUGAUUAAGUAUUAAGACAAUGAUUAGACAUGUUAGGCUAAGUCGUUUUUACCAAACUUAUCAGAUAUUGGAAAAUACUAUGAUAUUGUAAUGGCUCUUUCACUUGCUCAUAUAAACAUACAAGUAAUGGAAUUGUUCAUUAUUGUAUUUAAUAUAUGAUUUUAGAAUAAA